CUGAGCUCUAUGUUUUUUUUGUGUUGUUGUGCACAUUAUAAACAAUUUUCGCUUACAUUAGCCAGAGCUCAGUACAAUUGUUUCUUUUUUUUUAUAGUUGUUGUCACAUACGUGUAUGUAUGUAGUUAACUCAGCAGCAAAUCGCACGCAAUUUUCAAUUUUUUCGCGCUCAUUUCACUCGCCGCUCACCGUAGACGCAAUUUAGUACUGAAAUAUAGUCGUUAGAAUGCGGUUGAGAAGAGAUUGUGUUGUUGCAUGGCUGUUAUUGGCUUAUUGCAGUGUAAGUGUAACGGCACGUGGAUAUACGACCAGCGGCAGUAGCGGCAGUGGCGGCAGCACGAUUAUAAUUGUCGAGGAUGCAAAAGCUUGUUUCCGCCGCGUGCUUGCCGGCAAACGCAUCUCACCGCGUUGGGUACGUCGCACAUUCGCCUGCGAACGCGUUGAGGAUUGUAUGCGUCAGUGUGGCAUUGAGAAACGCUUUAUGUGCGAGGGUUUCAACUAUCGGCUCGAUCCAUCCGGUCAUGGUCAGGGUGAUUGUGAGCUAAUCGAAAUACCAUUGUCCCAAAUUGACUUGUACUCCAGCUCCAGUCAACGUGAUUCGAAUUUAUUAAGACAUCCUGAUUAUGAUUACUAUGAACGGGAUCGUAAUGCGCCGUCUAGUUGCCGGCGUACACCGUGUCGAGAGUGUUCGACGAAGGGUGGCACGCUGAGUAGUCCACCGUUGUAUUUGAAGCCCAGCGGUUGGGCUGAUAAGCCACCGUAUCGCGAGGAGCAUCAUUACUUGCCGUCACCGCCCAGCGCUAGCGGUUAUGGUAGCGAUGAGCAUCGUUACCGUCCACCCAGCAGCACUGCCAUUGACCGUUAUCAUCCAUCAGGACCCCCACCACCGCCAUCAUCAUCCAUUUCAUAUGAUCAUCGGCCACCAUUGUCGCCACCACCUUCAUCGUCGUCGUCGUCUUCGGAGUAUCAUCACUCCAGCGCAUUUGAGUUCUCUUCGCAUGGCUCAUCGUAUUUCGAGCAUACGCCACCGAGCGGUUAUGGCAGUAGCGGCACCGGUUCGGGUCCAAUAGAUCGUUAUGAUUACAUACGACCUGAAGAUCAUCAUCGUUAUCGGCCCGGUAGACCAGAUCGUUGGGAGAGCUUACCAAGUAGUCCAGGCUACGAUAGCACACAUUACCGUCCCAGACCAGAAAGCGAUCGUUUUCGUCCACCUUAUCGACCGGGACCCGAUUACUCGCCAUAUCGGCCGAGCUCUCACGAACUAAGUGGUCCGUCAGCGCCAACAGACUCCUACAGGCGACCACCACCACCACCACCGCUAUCAACGCAUAACUAUUUAGAUCGUGAUGGCCCACCCGUCAGCAGUUACAAGGGUUCUUCAAAGUUUGUGCCGUACCUGAUUGGACAGGAAAAGGACUGGGGUAGUUAUGGCGGUAGUUACGGUGGCAACUAUAAUAAACAAUCAUCGUAUUGGGGUUUGAAUGAAUAUAAUCGACGUAGAGAUCCGCUCGAUUUCAAUUACUUCGAGCUGGGUGGUACGAGGCGUGGUUCACCGCGUGAGCCAAAUUCGGUGCUGAGUUAUCCUGGUUCGAGUUAUGGUGGAUUUGGCUCGGAUGGUUUCAGAGAUCGCCAUGAUUAUAGACACUCAUGGACAAGACGCCCAGGACCUGAUGAAUGCUCUGCAAAGAUAGGCGAAGGUUUUCGUCUACACAAAACCGCUAUAAAACAUUCAACAUCCGUGCCCACACUUGUGGAGUGUGAGCAAUUGUGUUCCGGUCAAGAUGGUUUCAGCUGUCACACCUACAGCUACCGUUACAAUCCAGCUGGACGCGAUAAUUGUAUGCUAUGCGAUCGUCCGAUCAACUCUUUAGAUUACUAUGUUGAUAUAGAGCCUGAUCGCGAUUACGAUAUUUACUCGAUGGCCGAUGACUUGGAUGUGUGUCGGAAACCAUCACGCAGCGAUGAAUCCGGUCAUUAUGGCUCAAGACCAGGGACGGCGUUGGCGGAUCCGCGUAAUGCGCAGUGCUUUUUCCGUGCUAUUGAUGCGACACGCUUCUACAAGUCCAUAGUGCGCGACUCGUUAACGGUGCGAUCGGUGGGUGAAUGCGAAAUGGAAUGUAUAAAAUCAGUCAAAUUCACUUGCAGAGCCUUCGCCUAUCGCUACGGCCAGCAGCGUCACGCGAGCGUCAUUGAUAACUGUCAGUUAAGCGAUUGGCCGGUGCGAGAUAUGGAUAAGGAACGUCAUCUUAUACAGGAUGCGGCUUUUGAUGUCUUCGAGCGUGCGAGUUAUGGACACGGCUGUGAAAUCCAACCGAUUGUAGAUGACAAACAUAAGAAAUCAGUGUGUUAUUUGGGUUAUGGCUCGCCGGCGAAACUACUCUCAACAGCUAUAAAAAAAGUUAUAUCCGUGCCGUCCGAGUUGGCGUGUAAGAAAGAGUGCAUACGCUAUAGGGAAACGACGUCUUUCAAGUGCUACUCCUUCAGUUAUGGCUCUCGCGCCACUUCCUACAACUGUGAACUCUCCGAUCUCGAUCAAACUGAGCUAAAACUGAAUGAGCACUAUACACACACGGACGAUCGCGAUUAUUGGCUCUUCGCUUGGAAUCCCUUCGAUUGGACUUGUCGCGAUAAAGUGAACACUAUUGGCGGAUCUCGUGUGAACAAUGACCGUCGCAUGGAUAUAUUCCGUGAACCGGGCGAUGUGGCUUGGCGUCAUUAUACCGUUACCGGUAAGGCUUGUCGCUCGAGCAGUCCAUGCGAAAAAAAUCUCGUAACUGGCUUCUAUUCGUGUGAGAUUGAUGGUGGUGAAAUUGGCUCGUGGGAUUAUUGUUGUAAGGCUGAACACCCCUGUGGCUACUCGCAGGGGUUCGAUUAUCCAUGGUGCUUUGUGGGCGAUGAAGCGGAUCAGUGGCGUAAAUGCAGUGAUCGUUAUUAUCCGGGCAAUAAAACGGCAACCAGCUCACACACACACACCAGCCUUAAAUUUGCUUCUCUGAAGAGUGAUAAUAAUAAUAAGAAGAAGCAUAACAGCGAAAGCAGUUCGGCAUCCAAUGAAUAUCAAAGACCGCCUCGACCGGGUGGCUUGCAGGGGUUGAGUGAUUUUGCCGCCGCACGUUUGUGGCCAGUGACAUAUCUCUAUAGUGAAGGUCCACCGAAUUCAACGGAGUUUAGUAAUUUUGUCGAUUGCAAUAAGGAUACAUGCUAGCUAUGCGUCGUCUGAUUGGCAUAGAUUUCAGUUUCAAAUUUUACAUAUUAACUUUUAGUUCAGUAAACAUACUCAGCAAAAGUAAGCAAAAUAAUGCAAAAAAAAAAAACUAAACAAUAAAUUAAGUUGUGAUUUUCAAAGAGAUUCGGAAAUUUAUAAAUUCUAAUUUUUAAUGCUGUCAGUAGUGAUAACCAUAGGAAACCCCAAGAUAGAACUAAAAUGUAAUAAUAUUAAUGCUAAGUUAAGUUAAACUGUAUUAAUUUGUCGCUUCCAAAAUAGUUUUGUAUUAAUUAAA